ACAUUUUUAUUGGUCGAUUACCUAUUAGGCUAUUACCCUACCAUUUAGGCUAAGGCCCUACUCCUUAAAGCAAAACUCUUGAACCUUCCCAAAAUAUUGCAAUUAUUAAACUCACCAUUUUUGUUCUUUCAUCAUCCGCUCCUAUAUUCACGAUAUUCUUCACUACUCUUUCCUACUACUCUCACUCUUUAUAUUAUUUCCUUCUUACAAUUACUUCAAAAACACAUUUUCAUUUUAAAAAAAAAAAAAUCAAUUUUCCAUUGCAAAAUUACUAAAUAAAAUGAUAAAUGAUAAAAAAAUUGCCAACGCUGUAAGCGGCAAAACUGCAAGGGCAUGCGAUUGUUGUAUUAUAAAACGGGCCCGAUGGUAUUGCCCGGCUGACGACGCUUUCCUCUGUCAAUCCUGUGACGGGUCUGUCCAUUCCGCUAACCCGUUAGCCCGUAGACACGAACGGGUCCGUUUAAAAACGGCGUCGCUUAAUUUAUCCACUGAACUUCAACGACCCGACUUACCCACAUGGCAUCGCGGGUUAACCCGGAAACCCAGAACACCACGUCACGGAAAGAACCAACAACUGAAACCCGAAAAGAGAAAAUCAAUCCAUGUGAUUGUUCCGGAUCUUGGGAUGGAGGAUACAACUUCAUCUCAAGAGGGUGAUACAGAGGAUCAGCUUCUUUAUCGGGUACCCGUUUUUGACCCGUUUGCAAGGGGGUAUGAUUCUCGUUCGAUGGAAUCGGAGGGUGGAUUUGAUAUGGGUAAGAGUUUGUUAAGCAAUCCGAAGCCGAAAGAUUCGUCCGAUGAAUAUCUGCCGUUUGACUUAGAUCUUGAUCAAUUUGCUGCUGAUGUUGAGACUUUAUUGGGAAAAGGUCUUGAUGAUGAAUCUUAUGGGAUUGAUGAGCUUGGUUUGUUGGAUUGUAAUCCUAUGAAUAAUAAUAAUGAUAAUAAUACUACUACUACUACUAAUAAUAAUAAUAAUAAUAAUAAUAAUAAUAAUAAUAAUAAUGAAAUUGAGAACAUUAAUGGGAAAAUAAAGGAAGAAUAUGAAAUGGGUAAUGAAGGAAUGAUGAUGACAAGAUGUGGGAAUGAAGCAGAGAUUAAUAGUAUGGUGAUGAAUCAUGAUUAUGAUGAAGAUGAGAAAAAAGUAAUAAUGAUUGAAACAUCAAUAGGAAAUGAAAUCAUGUGUAAAUUAGAUGAUGAAGAUGAUGAUGAUGAUGAAACAGAGGAUACAAAAGAAGUGCGCAUAAAGAGAAGAAAGAUUUUAUUAAGGUUGGAUUAUGAAGCAAUUAGUGAUGCUUGGGCUAGUCAUGGUUCUCCAUGGAUGAGUGGCCAACGCCCUCAAAUUAACCUCGAGGAUUGCUGGCCUCAUUUCAUGGGGAUGUGCGGAACAGAAGGACAUGACCAAUUAUUAUUUGGAGAUCAUCAAAUAGGAGUAAUUGGAGAUAGAGGAAGAGAAGCAAAAGUAUUAAGGUACAGAGAAAAGAGAAGGACAAGAUUAUUUUCCAAGAAAAUAAGGUAUGAAGUAAGAAAAUUAAAUGCAGAGAAAAGGCCUCGUAUGAAAGGAAGGUUUGUUAAACGGUCUUCUUCAUUUGUACCAACUAUAGUGUAAAAAUGCGGUUACGGAAUACUGAUGCAGUAACGAGAUUGAUGCAGUUAUUGUAAAGCCUAAAUAUCGAUCGAAUGAUAAGAUAUUCCUUAAAUGGAAUGCAACGCUGGAUUUUUACAGUUUUACAAUAUAGGAAAUAUUAGUUCACUUGUUUUGAAAAUUUUUACAACACGACAAAUGCGGGCCUACCAGGCUACCAGUUGCAACUGCGUUUGCUAAGUAACGUAGGGGAACCUGCAUAUAUACUUCUGUGUAUGCAGACCUUGUAAUUUUGCUUACUUUCAAUAUUAUAUAUGAUUAGGUAUUGUAAUUUGUAAAAAACUUUUUGUACUUAUAUUAAAAUAUUUUCUUAUUAGAAAAAUAAUUUUUCAA